CUUGGUUUUAUGACUAUAAAAGACACUCGGCUUGUCCUUUGCUUUGUACUAUAGGGGAAAGGCUCCAUCAGUACCAGAAGGGCCAUUAAGUGUUCUAGGUUAUCGGGCUCUGUUGUUUUAUGACCUCGUAGUCCUAUUUUUAACAUUGGUGGUGCGUUCUCCAGUUUUUCAAAAUGAGCAAAGGCCGUCCAGAUUUGAGGAUGGAAAUGCCAGACGACUUCUACAUUCCCAUCCCUGUGGAAACCACUAACAUUUCCUCUAUUAGCCCAUUUUUGGUACCCCAGACACAUUUGGGUAGCCCUGGUAUCUUUAUGAGUUUGUCAGCCUUUAUGUUAUUUACCAUCAUCUUUGGUUUUCCCCUCAACAUCCUGACCGUCAUCUGCACUGCCAAGUAUAAGAAGCUACGUUCCCAUCUCAACUACAUUCUGGUAAACUUGUCUAUUGCCAACCUUGUAGUGAUCAUCUUUGGCUCCACAACUGCCUUUUAUAGCUUCUCUCAAAUGUACUUCACCUUGGGCACCUGGGCAUGUAAGGCAGAAGGUUUUAUGGCCACGUUGGGAGGUAAGUGGUUUGCAUCUAUUUAUCCUCCCAUUCUAUAACUUAAUUACUGAGAAUUAGUGAGGCCUGUUACUAAAAACAGUAUGUAUCAAAUACAUCAACCCAUGGUUCAAGCUGCGAUUAAAACAAUAUUAGACUAAUAUUAACAUUAAAAUCUCACCCUCUCUCAACAGGGCAAUAGUUUCUUUAUGGUCUUCAGAGGGGACAUGAUAGCAUUAUACAAAUACAUUUGGGUCCAAUACAAACCAUUGUAUUCAUAAAUAGGACUUUACAUAGGACACAAAGUCACACAUUUAAACUGGAAGAAGGGAGAUUUAGUCUAAGGCAAAUGGAAGGAAUUUUACAGUAAGAACAAUGUGGAUGUGGAAUUCUCUGCCUGAAGAUGUGGUUUUAACAGAGUCUAUACAGAUGUUUUAACAGCAUUUGGAUAAUUACUUGCAAAAACACUAUAUAGAGGGAUAUACAUUUUAAUUAGUGGGGUAAUCUUGUUGAUCCAAGGAAAUAUCUGACUGCCAUUCUUGGGUCAAGAAGGAAGUUUUUCCUAGUUUGUUUCAUGAUUUGAAGCGCUUUAAACUGGUUUUUUUUUUGCCUUGUUUUGGAUCAACAGCAAAAAUCAAAUGUUCGAAAGGCUGAACAUGAAUGGACACAUGUCUCUUUUUGGCUAUGUAACUAUGAAUAUUCUCGAAAUUAAAUUAAAUUCUUCACCGGUUGCAGACACAUGCAAAUAAAAAAAAAUAAUUCUGCUGAUUAUUGUAUAGAAUAAUGACAAUUUAUAUAUGAAAGCAAUCCUGUAGAGUGCUCCCAAUCCCAUCUAUACAAUAACCAAGAGAUCCUGGACACAUUGUCUAACACCCAGACGUUUCAAUGGUUAGCUACCCAUCUUUCUCUUAAUCGAGGAACCCUUAUUUAGAUUUUCUGGUAGCCUUUUGAAAUCUGUUGUCAAUACCUUAUUCUGCAAAGAACUGAUUUCUUUUUUUGUCAGUUAAGCUGGAGAAGAAAACACUAUGAUAUGGAUAUGUUUGCAAAUAUUAAUAUCCGUGUUUGUCUUUGUGAAUUAUUUUAAUAAUCUCUGAUUGACCAGAGUUGUACAAUUCACAGGUUCUUCUGUGCUCCUUUGUCUCAGUUUUUAACUCUUUACAGUCCCUCUAAUUUUCCAUCUUCGAAUGAAUCACUUUGCCACAUCCACCCAUGCGUCAACCGAGGACACGUUGCAUACUCCAAAGGGCCCAUCUAUUUGCAAAUGCCUUCCUUAACUUUCCGUAUCUAUCUAUCUAUUAAUCUAUCUUUGUAUCUAUUUCUCUCUGUCUGUCUCUCUAUCUAUUAUGAAUAUUUCUUUAAUUGUAUCCUUCCAGGAAUGGUCAGUUUGUGGUCUCUGGCUGUGGUGGCCUUUGAGAGAUUCCUGGUGAUCUGUAAGCCUAUGGGGAGCUUCACUUUCCGGGAGAGCCAUGCCAUCACAGGCUGUGUCUUCACAUGGGUCAUCGCACUGGUGGCAGCAGUUCCACCUCUGCUGGGCUGGAGCAGGUAAGCCACUUCUUAUUCAACAUUCUAAUAUACUGUAUACAUUUGAGAACUAUAUAUAAUGCCCCUCAAGUGUCCCUAUUUAGGAAGGACAGGCCCUAUUUUGGGGAGAAUUUCCCUAUGUCACUCUUUUUUAUCCUAAUGUCCCUCUUUUCUAGGAGUUCACUAUUUCUGAUGUAUCUGAAUUUAUACUAGAGCUCCACAGUAAUGAUACUUUCAGUAACGUGUCUUUAGAGAAACUAAUGGCUGUCUCCCAGAUAGCCACUAGAGGCACGCCUUCAAAAACAACAUAGGAAACUCAAUGUUUUCCUAUGUGGAAGCUCUAAUGCUUUUUCGGCAAUUGCCGUGCAUGCGCAUAAAGUUCCCAGAAUACCAUGACAUCACUGGAGGAGGAGCCCAAUCCAACACACUAUUUUUACCCCCCAAAUAUAUUCUUUGUGUUUUUUUUAUUCUUGUGAUUGUGUGCAACAAUCUGGUGAGUCUUUUAGGGCAACUUGAUCAACAUAAGUGAAAAAAAAAAAUCUUUUGUUUAUUACUCUUAAAGGGAAUGUGGUCUUUUUCCUUACGAUAUCACUUGCACCUUUAAAAUAAAAGUCACAACCCGUAGACAAGAAAUUAUAGUCGGAGUUUAUGGUGUGAUUUAAGCAAAAAAUAAGGCAGUUUUCAGUUCAGACCCCCAAGAAUACCUUCAUCAUCACCACAAACACCCCAUCAUCCCUUCACACUAUCACCAGUUCUCAAAUUAACCUCCUUCCCACAUUCCUUCUGAGUUUAUAUGGACAGACUGCAGGUAUGUAAGGCUCAAUAGCAGGCAGCACAGCAACAGCAGUCUGAAUGACAAUGCCAUGUGACACUGUGCAUGUGUUUUUAUGGAUCUAUUCACUAAGCAACUAAGAUACACUUAGAGUACAAUGUAUGUUAGAACAGCUCUGAUUGUUCUGGUCUAUAUUUUACAAACAUAUUGACAAUUUGUUGUUUAGAGCUUGAUCAACUUGUGGCAGGAUUGGGUUUUGAGAUUAUACAUCUCAUCACAAUCCGACAAUGAAGACCAGCAUUGUCCAAGUUUUUUUUAACGCAGAGGACCAGACAGGAAUAAUUCAUUUGCUAUAUUAAAGGGACAUGAUAGGCAUCAUGUCCCUUUACUGUAAUGAAUCAGUUUUGGUUUAUAGAUCAUGCCCCUGUAGCCUCGCUGCUCAAUUAUCUGCCAUUUAGAAGUUAAAUCACCUUUGUUUCUGUUUAUGCAGCCCUUGCCACACCCCCCCGACACAACCUGCAUUAAAAAAUGUUUAAUUUUCAAUCAGAUGUUAACUCACUUCAGAGUUUUUUUUUAUCUCCUGCUCUGUAAAUUGAACUUUAAUCCCACACAGAAGGCUCCUGCAGACUCUAACAGGGUAUUAACAGAAUUGGACAUCAGAAAUUCUACAUUAAAUAGACUGUGCAACAAAAGAAGUUUAAACAUUAGAUCUCUAUUACAGGAAAUGUGUAUGGAUAUUACUGUGUAGGUUAUUGUAGAGGUCAUGUAGAGGGUCUCUGGUUCCCCCCCCCCAUAGUACAGUCACAUCAUGCUUAACGUCAUAAAGUUCAUAGUUGGUGAGCAAGAAACUGCCAACUGCUUCUCCUAUCCCAUGAUGUGGAAUGGAUAAAUACAUUAUUAUCUAUAAAGUACUUUCAAACCAUUGGUGGCAAUAGGAAGCAUACUGUUCAGAUAACAUAUUUUCAACUUUUACUUUUGACUUAGGGUGUGUUUACUCAUUUUGUUUUUGUAAUAGGUGCCUGAUUUAGUUGAGAGAAUAUGAGCACAAUAUGGGCAUUUCUUGACAAUCAUUCGUUUUGUUUUUUUCAUAUCGCUUGCCCUGGGAAUGUUAUAACUCAGCUGGCCUAGAGACAAUUAGAGGUAUCAUUAUUAUUAUUAUUUUUUUUUAAAUGCAGCUCUGAAUAUUUUUAUGCUUUGCCCAGGUACAUCCCAGAAGGUUUACAGUGCUCUUGUGGACCUGACUGGUAUACGGUGAACAAUAAGUGGAACAAUGAAUCCUACGUACUUUUCCUUUUCUGCUUUUGCUUUGGGUUUCCCCUGACCAUCAUCGUAUUUUCUUACGGGCGCCUCCUGCUCACCCUUCACGCAGUAAGUUGAAUUGAAAUGUGCAGACAGAAUGAAAGUGUUCUUUUCAUGCAAAGUCGACAAAGUAUUACUUUUAUUUGUAUACUGUAAUAGCCAAUAAAUCAGCAAAUACAUAGAUAUAAUGUUAAUUUUACUUUAAAGCAGGAAUCUCGAACUCUGUCCCACCAGAUGUUGAUGGACAGCUCCCAAAAUUAUUUGAAUGCAACUGAUGACCAGAGAAUCACGGGAGUUGUAACUGUGUAACGGGGGUAGCCAGCAUUUGAGAUGCCUGGUUUACAGGGAUAGUUAAUUCUGUCUGUGCAGGAUCUGGAGUAGGUGCAUGUACAUCUGAGUUUGUCACAUCAAAAAGAGCGACUAUGUACGAGGUAUUGUGGCAAACUGUUCUUGGUAUUUUAGUAAUAUUCAGGUAUAAAAUAACUGUCUGUUGUGGAAGGUUCAAGGAGCCACCAAACUGUGAUGAGCAACAAAUCCACCACGUAUUAAUCUUCCCAGUGUCAAAGAGGUCUAUAUUAAACUGGAGAAAGCAGUGUAGCUAUAAUAACCCAUUUAUAAUGAGCAGUUGUUGGCAACUUGAUAAUGUAUCUAUUCUAACAUCUGAGACCUGCAAAAACAAACUCGGAUCCCGAACCAGUUGAUUAUAAACCAAUGGAUUAGACCAGGCAUAGGCAACCUUCUGCACUCCAGAUGUUUUGGACUACACCUCCCAUGAUGCUUUGCCAGCAUUAUGGGUGAAAGAGCAUUAUUGGGGAUAUAGUCCACAACAUCUGGAGUGCCGAAGGUUCUGUACCCCCUGGGUUAGACCAUAAAUAACAUAGAAGUAAAUUACAUUUAAUUAUACUUUUCUUUUUCUUUUUCAUUGUUACAAAUGUUGUUCACUUGCAGGGUCAUAAUUUUUGUGGCUUGGUCCUUAUAGGUUGCAAAGCAACAGGAGCAGUCAGCCACCACUCAGAAAGCUGAACGGGAGGUGACCAGAAUGGUGGUAGUGAUGGUUGCUGGGUUCUUGCUUUGCUGGCUUCCCUAUGCCUCCUUUGCUUUAUGGGCCACUACACAUCGCGGGGAACAUUUCGACCUACGAAUGGCCUCAAUCCCAUCUGUAUUUUCAAAGGCCUCUACCGUCUACAACCCAGUUAUUUACAUCUUAAUGAACAGACAGGUGAAGAGUUAGACAAUAUUGUGCGAAAGUGAUCUGACUGACUGACUCAGGAUGCCAUUAAAGGAACAAUCUAAUGUUGAAAAUGAAUAUAUUUAUUUUUAAUAUUAAGGGCUUCAUUUUUUUCUUUUAGAUUCAGGGCCCCCUACUUUAAAUAUAAAUGUGAAAACCUUUUAAGUUACUUGUAAUCCACUACUGGGACAGUCUCCUUGCAGUAGCUUCUCCACCAUUGUUGAGAUCAUCAUGACUGAUGACUUCUGUCCAAUUCAAUGUUUCUCAUAGAAAAGCACUAUGGACUUACAGUGGAUGUGCUGCAAUUGCUGUGCUCCACAAAUCCGAUGCUUGUCAUAGAGAAGCAUGGAACACAAGUCCUCUCUAAGAGAACCUCCGCUGUGUUCCAUGACGCAGAAUGUGCUUUUUAAAGAUCUGAAGCAGAAAGUGCCUCUAGUGGCUCACAGUCUGAAAACCAGUAGAGGUGCAUUCUUGGACAAAUGUAAAUAUGGCCAUUUAUCGGAAAUGGCAAUGGUCUUAAUUGUCCAAGGAAAGGGACAGCAUCUGCACAUGAAAACCACUACACUAAGGAGCUUUGCUGGAUAGUAAAUCAUAUGGAGUUUGCACAGAUUCAUGAAUGGGCUUGUAUCUGUCUUCCUACACACUACGCAGUAGUUUUGCUACACUGACGAAUGUGGCUAUGAGAUGCAGAAAGAACUCUUAUUUAAAAUAUUGCAUAAUAGGUCACAUUCUGUUGUUAGAGUAGAGUAGUCUCAGUAAAAACAUUCUCAUGAGGAGUAUAGCUAAUAGUGUAGCCAAACUAUUGCUGUUUCAUUCCUGAUUAAAGUCAGCAUAAUUUGGAUUACUUGUCCAUGUCCGGACAAUGUCUUCUUUCAUCUACUGUAGCUUAACCCCUUAAGGACACAAUUUCAGAAAUAAAAGGGAAUCAUGACUCCCCACUGACACCAUGAGCCAGCGCCAAGGACCUCCUGGAACCAUAACAAGUUAAUUUCGAUUAAGUUGUUAUGAUGCCCUAACUGGUCCUUUUAGCACGUUGGCUCUUUGUCUCCUGUCAUCUCUCACACUGGCCUUGCGCCCAUCUCCGUAGACAAAUAGGGCCAGUUUAUUGUCAUUUUACUGAUGCAUUGUAGAGUUUUUUUGUAGAUUGUGUGUAGCUCGUUCUAAAGCUUUUUUAUUGUGACUCCUUCCAGUUCCGCUCAUGCAUGAUGAAGAUGAUCUUCUGUGGCAAGAAUCCCUUAGGAGAUGAUGAAGACACAUCCGCCUCUGGAUCCACUCAGGUGUCUUCAGUGUCUAGCAGUCAAGUGGCCCCAGCAUAACGCCAGCCACGCCCGGCUUCUGUUCUGCCACGUUUGCUGCCUCGGCUCUGUGCCCUCAAAAGCUUCCAAGUGGCUCCACAACCAGCCAAGAACCCACUUCCAACCUCACAUCCCACAUCCUGUUUCAUCAUCCAAAUGAAUCUUAAUUUCACACAAACAGACACAGGAGCAGGGGCCACCAAAUUCCUUUCUCGGUAGUAAGAGGUCUCAAGAUUGGACCCCCUAUUUUUCCUAGAAUUCUAUUGUGUAAGGCCUAUCUCAUGGGUAGGAAAUUGCAUUAAUGCCAUUGUUAGGAUGCAACCUCUAUCAUCCUCAGCUACGGAACAAAUAGCUGAGGACUAUGAGAGUUGCGGACAACAGGUUACAUUUAAUAGUUGGUCCACUAUUGUUUUUUUAGUCUUGCGAGACACAUGAGUUUUUUUUCUGAAAGUAACAUGUUUUCAGCUGAUGAAACUCAUUUUAGGUUUAAAGGUGUCUUAAUGUCCGUCAUAACAGACAUUACUGCACCUUUAGCCUAAUAAUAAGAAAAUCUACACAGGACCAGGAACGCAGGUCAGAAUGCAGACUUAUUAUGUCAAGUGGAUGUAGGUAGGAAAGCGGUUUUAUGGAGCUGUGGAGAUUUUAUAAAUUUAUAAAUUUACCUGCAAUUUAAUUCGCAGCCCUAAAUCACAAACCCAUUGUACAAAAAAAAAAGCAACUUAUACUAAUUUAUUUGAUGUAACUGAACAGAGUACUGGGCAUUUAGCUUUCUUCUAAUUGGCUCCCCAGGCUUAACAGAGAAAACCAGGAGACUUCCAUACUUGGUUGCAACACAAUUAAGAUCCCCACAAUGUACUUAAGUGUUCUCUAAGGAGAACUUUAAGGGACGUAGUAUUUCCAGUUCCAGCAUAUAAAAAUGCUAACGUUUCUUUAAUAUGCAUAUGUUAUAUGAUUAAGGAUUCCUACGAAACAAGAGUUGAGAUGUAGUAAGAUGCAUUGGGGGUUCGAUACAAAGAUGAAUUUUUGGUAAAAGUUCUAAAUGAGGAGCAAUCACUGUGGAAACCAGAAGACAGUUUCAGCUCAUGGUUACCAAAUCCCUCUUCAUGCAUAACCCUCCAUAUAUAUUAGAAUAUACAAAUAAUUAACCAUCUUAUAAAAACAACCACAAAAGAGGUAUUAUGUUAAGUUGGAGACCUGACAUUCCAUGCAAACCAAAACUACUAAUAUAUCUCUCCCGGCAGUUGGUAAUGCAAUUAAUUAAUUUAGCCAGAAUAUUUUUUGGAUUCCCAUACAGUUGUCCAUCCCAUACACGUUCCUCAUUUAAACAGAGGUAGUGCGUAAACAUUUUUCAAAUUACUUUUACUGGUAUUUUUUUAUUUCUAUUUUUUUUUCUCAUAGUGAAUUUCAGAAAGUGACCAGAAUGAUCAAUUCUGAAAAGUUUGUCCAUGUUUAUUAAAUGAUCUAUUCUAGAGCAUGCUAUCUGGAUGUUGCAAGAGAGGGACGUAAAGAAUGAACUAGUUUAAUAUCUCCUAUAAUUCCAUUUAAUGAAGAGAGACUGUUCCUUUUUAUCUUAUCUUUUACUUGUAUUAUUGUUUUGUAAAGAUACUUCAUCCCAGCCCACCAUAUGCUGCUGUUAGAGGUAGAACAAGAUCAUGGAAGACUUUAUUUCCUUUUACAUUGGACAAGACUCACACUCCCUACACAAAACAUAGUACAACAGUUCCAAAGAUUCCAAAAGGUUUUGUUUUGAGACAAAAAGAGACCGUGAAUAGAUUUUCUGCCCAGAUUUAAUGAUUCUGUCCAUGACUACGUAUAAUCAAGAGCUGGUGUUUACCCAAAUUGCAAAGACAUACCAACCAUCGUUUACUUUAAGAAGGAAAUACUCUUUCAAACUGGUCAAAAGCAGAACAUGAAAAGUCAAGUAGUGAAGUAUUCAUCUUUUCCAGUUACCAUAAGCCCCUAGGCCUUUUCGGGAGCUACAAAAUACCCAGAUUCCAUAGUCAACUUUUUCCAUAUCCUAUUCAACCUUUUCCGGACUGCAAUCCUGAUGUCGAUGAAAAUGUUUUUUUUAGAUUAAGAUUGUUAACUUGGUCUACAUUGUAAAUAUCAUAACCCAGGGCUUUAUCUCCAAGCUUACACAUGUAUUUCCUUACCUUUAAAAAAAAAAAAAUAGCUUAGAUUUCAGGACUUGUCUUUUCAUUUAAUAAACAUAUCAGAUGCAUCUUUACCACCUGCUUCUUGGAACCUGUUUUAUAGAUUUAGAUGAUGUGAUUGAAUGAGCCUUCUCGUUAAACAAGAGGCAUUUUAUUUAAAAGACCUCUUAUUUAAUAUGUCAUACAAUUAUAUUAUUUGAUCAAAUUUCAGCAAAAUGCCAAUGUGUAAAUACAAAAUUAAGUCUUAUACUUUUAAGUGAGCAGCACCUCUGGCCACCGUGUGGUUCUAAAACCUGAGAAAAU